UACACAAAUUCCAAAACAAAGUGUGCGAAUUUAAGAAAAAAAAGUGAUUGUAUUUAUCACCUCCUUUUUAUGAACCUCCUCUCUUUACCAAAACUUUACUCUCACUCCUCUCUCCUUUGCAUAUAUUUUUUUUGAAUCAAAAAGGGCCCCAAAAACAAAGAAAAAAAAGAGAAAAAAAAAGGAGAAGUAGAGAUUACAAGGAGUGAUAUCAUGGGCUCUGGAUCUUUUCUCAAGGUGGUUGCAAAAAACUUUGAUGUUCUUGCUGGGCCGGUAAUUACGCUUCUUUAUCCGUUGUAUGCUUCAGUUAAAGCAAUAGAAACAAAGUCUCCUGUGGAUGAUCAGCAAUGGCUCACAUAUUGGGUUUUGUACUCUUUAAUCACACUAUUCGAGCUUACUUUCGCUAAAGUUAUUGAAUGGCUUCCAUUCUGGUCGUACAUGAAACUGAUCUUCAAUUGUUGGCUGGUCUUACCCUACUUCAACGGAGCCGCCUAUGUUUAUCAGAAUUUUGUGAGGCCCAUGUUCGUAAAACAGGUCCAGGAAACAGUCAACGUCUGGUACGUCCCGCGGAAGAAGAGCAUCUUCACCAAACCGGACGAUUUCCUAUUCGCCGUCGAGAAAUUCAUCGAGGAAAACGGACCCGAGGCAUUGCAGAAACUCGUAAACAAGGCUGAAAAGGCGCCAAAGCCUAAGAAGAGCAGCAAUAAGCGCGUGACAUUUGCCGAGGUGGAGCACGAAACGGAAACGACGAAGUCCGCGAAGAAUGACAAGCAUGUUAUCCACCAUAAGAAAGAUACCGAACAAGAGUCUAGCUCUUGGAGCAGCAGCAGCAACUUCAUGAUUUUCAGUGAUGAGAAUCAUUACUGGACCUAGAAGGCUAGAACCAACCUCUCUCUCUCUCUCUCUCUCUCUCUCUCUCUCUCAAUGUAUCAUAUUGUUGUACUCCUGGUAGAAACCUUUGAGUCAUAUGUAAGUAGUUAGAUGUAUUUGAUAACUUGUAUGUAUAUGUGCUUAAGUAUGUUACAUUGUUGUGUCAUCUGAUGAUCCAAAAGUGAUCCCUUUUUUCUUUUCUUUUUUUAAUAGGUUGGUCAAGUUCUUGUGAAUGUAAUAAACUAGUUAUUGAGUAAUAUGAAAAAUAGAUCGCAUUUUCGCAGCUCA